AUGUCGGACGGUAAGUACACAACCGAGCCCUCCUUUCAUCAUCGACUGACCACUUCUCAAGCCGACUUCGACACCAUCCGCCGCUUGCAGGCAGAGCGCAAUGCUCAAUCUGCCAGCAAGAAAGGUUCCAAGACCUUCGAUCCAUCCAGUCAACGCACUGACUCAUCCACCAAGGCGUCUUUGACUGAGAAUUUCGAUACCACUCUCUACGACCGUGAUGGCGCCGACAAGUUCGCCGGAUAUCACACAUCCCUCCCCGUCGAGGGCGACGACGAAGAAAUGCCCGAUGCAGACUCAAGCAGAAGGCUGAUUGGACAAUACACCGCUACAAAGGAUCAAAUGAGCGAAUUCGCUCGUGGAAAUGGGGUGGAGGAAGAGGACAUCUUGCUGGGGCGUGAGAAAUCGGCCAGAAUUGCUGAUCGUGAGACUGAUUACCAAAAGCAAAGAUUUGAUCGAGGCCCGCUUACCCCCACGAGAGCCGAUCCCUUCGCAGCAAAUAAGCAUGCGGGUGUCACAGAAGGUUCUACCUAUCGCGAAGUCAUGCAACUACAGGAGCUUGAGCGAGAGGAAGAACGGGUCAAAAAGCUGAUUGCUGAAAAACGGGCCAAUGGAGACGCUGUGGUCGAGCAUAAACCCACCCUCAAAGAAGAGGCUGAUAAGGAGAAUGCCGAUGCUGGCUCAACGGUGGAAGCUACCGGGCGCAAGCGGAAGAAGAGAUGGGAUGUCUCCGGUGAGCCCACUCCCGCGGCAGACGCCGCCGAUGCAAAGAAGCGUUCAAGAUGGGAUCAGGCGCCUGGUCCAGAAGGAGCCGCUGCGCCAACAAAGCGCUCCAGAUGGGAUCAAGCACCAGCAUUGGGCGCUGUGACCCCAAUCGGUAGCGCUGGCCUUGCUACACCCGCGCACCCGUCACAAAUGGCCACUGUAAGCUUCGGGACCGACAUUUCCAGCCGAAAUGCUCCUUGGUCGGAUGAAGAACUCGAUAUGAUGCUCCCUACGGAGGGCUAUACGAUCCUCGAGCCCCCUCCUGGGUAUGCUCCCAUCCGACCAAUUGCCCGAAAAGUUGUCCCCACUCCGGCAGCAUCGACCAGUUCGGCCGGCAUUGGUGGCUUUAUGAUGCAAGAACCAGAGAAUCCGAGAAUGAUGGGCAAACAGUUACCCACUGAGAUCCCGGGUGUGGGUGAUCUCCAAUUUUUCAAGGCUGAAGAUAUGGCCUAUUUCGGGAAACUGGUUGAUGGAACUGAUGAAAACGCCAUGUCGGUCGAAGAAUUGAAAGAGCGGAAAAUCAUGCGUCUAUUGCUCAAAGUCAAAAACGGCACGCCGCCAAUGCGAAAAACAGCUUUGCGACAAUUAACUGACAACGCACGACAAUUUGGAGCCGGACCACUAUUCAACCAAAUUUUGCCCUUGCUUAUGGAGAAAACUCUAGAAGACCAAGAAAGACAUCUGCUCGUCAAGGUCAUCGAUCGUGUUCUUUACAAGCUUGACGAUUUAAUCAGACCUUAUGUUCAUAAAAUCUUGGUCGUCAUCGAACCUCUUCUCAUUGACCAAGACUAUUAUGCCCGCGUCGAAGGUCGGGAAAUUAUCUCAAAUCUGAGUAAAGCGGCGGGACUAGCUCAUAUGAUCAGCACCAUGCGACCUGAUAUCGACCAUGUGGACGAGUACGUCCGCAACACAACGGCAAGAGCCUUCGCUGUAGUGGCUUCAGCAUUGGGCAUUCCCGCCCUACUACCUUUCUUACGUGCAGUGUGUCGAAGCAAAAAGUCAUGGCAAGCCAGACACACUGGCGUCAAGAUCGUCCAGCAAAUUCCUAUUCUCAUGGGUUGUGCCGUUUUACCGCAUCUGAAGGGUCUGGUUGAUUGUAUUGCAGACAAUCUCAGUGAUGAACAGGCCAAAGUAAGAACGGUGACCUCCUUGGCCAUUGCCGCGCUCGCAGAAGCCGCUAAUCCUUAUGGUAUCGAGAGCUUCGAUGACAUUCUCAACCCACUUUGGACAGGCGCUCGAAAGCAACGUGGGAAAGGAUUGGCCGGAUUCCUGAAGGCGGUGGGUUACAUUAUCCCACUCAUGGACGAGGAAUAUGCCAACUACUACACCAGCCAGAUUAUGGAAAUUCUCCUUCGGGAGUUUGCAUCUCCUGAUGAAGAAAUGAAGAAAGUGGUCCUGAAAGUUAUCUCGCAGUGCGCAGGCACGGAUGGCGUGACUGCCGGGUACUUGAAGGAACAUGUCUUGCAAGAAUUCUUCAAGAGCUUCUGGGUCCGACGGAUGGCACUGGACAAAAGAAAUUACCGACAGGUUGUGGAGACAACCGUUGACCUUGGCCAGAAAGUCGGGGUUAGUGAAAUCGUGGAACGCAUUGUCAACAAUCUCAAGGACGAGAGCGAAGCCUAUCGUAAAAUGACUGUGGAAACCAUCGAGAAGGUGAUUGCCUCGCUGGGUGCAGCAGAUAUUGGCGAGCGCUUGGAGGAACGGCUGGUGGAUGGCAUCCUCCAUGCUUUCCAGGAACAAAGCAUUGAGGAUAUUGUCAUGCUCAACGGGUUUGGGACCGUGGUCAAUGCUCUCGGCACGCGUUGCAAACCCUAUCUCCCACAAAUCGUUAGCACCAUCUUAUGGCGGCUGAACAACAAAUCUGCCACUGUCCGACAGCAGGCUGCCGACCUCAUUUCUCGGAUUGCCAUGGUCAUGAAGCAAUGCGGUGAAGAUGCCUUGAUGGGUAAACUGGGCGUGGUUCUCUAUGAAUACCUUGGUGAGGAAUAUCCCGAAGUGCUGGGCUCUAUUCUGGGAGCGCUCCGUUCCAUUGUGACAGUGGUGGGCAUCAACCAAAUGCAACCACCAAUUAAAGAUCUCCUGCCUCGACUGACUCCCAUCCUGAGGAAUCGCCACGAAAAAGUUCAGGAGAACACCAUUGACUUGGUGGGUCGAAUUGCGGACCGUGGUCCAGAAUCUGUCAAUGCUAGGGAAUGGAUGAGAAUUUGCUUCGAGCUGCUCGACAUGCUCAAAGCCCAUAAAAAGGGUAUCCGCCGUGCCGCAAACAAUACCUUUGGCUUCAUUGCCAAAGCCAUUGGUCCGCAAGACGUGCUAGCUACUCUACUCAACAACCUACGUGUCCAGGAACGACAGUCGAGGGUCUGCACAGCUGUGGCCAUUGGAAUCGUCGCCGAAACUUGUGCGCCCUUCACUGUACUGCCGGCUCUCAUGAAUGAGUACCGCGUUCCCGAACUCAACGUGCAAAAUGGAGUGUUGAAGUCGCUGUCUUUCCUCUUCGAGUAUAUUGGCGAAAUGGCCAAAGACUACGUUUACGCCGUUACACCUCUCCUCGAAGAUGCCCUCAUCGACCGCGAUCAAGUCCACCGUCAAACGGCAGCAAGUGUUGUCAAGCACGUCGCACUCGGCGUUGUUGGACUGGGUUGUGAAGACGCCAUGGUCCACCUCCUCAAUCUGCUGUAUCCGAAUCUAUUCGAAACGAGUCCACACGUCAUCGAUCGAAUCAUAGAAGCCAUCGAGGCCAUUCGUAUGGCCGUUGGCACGGGCAUCGUGAUGAACUAUGUCUGGGCUGGCCUUUUCCACCCGGCGCGCAAAGUCCGCACUCCUUACUGGAGAUUGUACAAUGAUGCAUAUGUCCACAGUGCCGACAGCAUGGUUCCCUAUUAUCCUAACAUGAAGGACGAGGGCCUCCCGAGAGACGAGUUAUUCAUCACACUAUGA